AUGACUUCAAAGAAUAAAUUAACAACAGAUUCAUUAGACACAUCAUCUACUUCAGCUCAUUUUGGACAACUUGUUUGGGCUAAGUUGGGAUCAGCACCGUUUUGGCCUGCUGUCAUAUUCACGGAAGAAAAUCAAGAGUGGAUUCGUCAUAAAGGGCAAUCUAGUUAUGUACAUGUUUUCUUUUUUGGUGAAACUGCUGAACGAAGUUGGAUUCAACAAACGCGGGUUUUACCAUUUAUUGGAACGGCAAAAUUUUCUCAGCAACGAAAGGGGUGGCUUCGUAAAACGAAAAAAAGAACACACGAAGAACAAAAAUUAACAUUGAAAGAUAAAAAAAAUUUAAAUAUUGCAAUUCAACAAACUGUUAAAUUAUCACAAUUUUCAUUACAAAAACGUAUUAUCGUCCUUAAAAACGAAUGGUGGUAUUGGGAUGAAAUUAAUCAAUCCCAAUCGAUUAAUGAGGCGCCAACUAGAGAAACUAUUAUUAACGAAGACAUAUCAACACUAUUAAGAGCGCAAGAAAAUGAUACUGAAGACAUUUUAGAAUUGUUUAGUACGAAUCCAGAGGAGCUAAAUGAUAUAGUUUGUUUAUCCGAUAUGUCUACAGAGAAAAAUGAAGUCCAACCUUGUUUAACACACACUUCAUCUGUUUGUUUUCAUCCGUUAACAUCAUACGAAGAAGAAACAAUAAAUCGUGAGAUGAUUUCAUCAUCCAAUCAUUCAUUUUCAGCAUGCCGCAGUCUUGCUGAAAAAGAAUAUUUACAUUGUAUUCAAAAUAAUUUCCCAUCAACAACCGUUAUAUCAGAACAUUGGUUCUAUCUGUUUGUUUUUCGUCAUUGUGAACGAUUAUCACGUGCGUUUCCCAAAUGGAUUGAUGACAUGAAUCUUCUAUUAGAACAAUCUCUGUUUCUUUCUCCAAUGCAUCAAUCACAGAUACAAUCAAUUAUUAUUCUGUUUAGUCAAUACAAUAAUAAUCAUCAACAACAGUAA